CUGAAGCUCCCCUGGGAGCCGCCAUUUUCCGUAGGGGGGAGGCCCUCGCUUGCUCUUAAAGUGGCAGCGCCUCUCGCUGAGGGGCGGCUCGGCGGCGACCGCGGCGGGGGGCGGCGGCGGCGGCUCUUGGCAUCCCAGGGGAAGCCUGGCAGGGUUGAUGCACUUGCCGAGGUCGCCGUGUUUCCUACCACCAGGAAGUGAGUGAGUGUUGCUCGAGCCCAGCAGCUAUGGCAGCCGAUGAGAGGGACUACAACCUGACGGAGGAGCAGAAGGCUGUCAAAGCCAAAUACCCACCACUCAAUAAGAAAUAUGAAUAUUUGGAUCACACAGCAGAUGUGCAGCUACAUGCCUGGGGAGACACUUUGGAAGAAGCCUUUGAGCAGUGUGUUAUGGCCAUGUUUGGCUACAUGACUGACACAGAGACUGUGGAGCCUGUGGAUACAGUAGAGGUAGAGGCAGAAGGACAUGACAUGUUGUCUCUUCUCUUCCACUUCUUGGAUGAGUGGCUGUAUAAAUUCAGUGCUAAUGAGUUUUUUAUACCCAGGGAGGUGAAAGUGCUUUACAUUGACCGAAUGCAAUUCAAAAUAAGAUCAAUUGGGUGGGGAGAAGAGUUCUCUUUACCCAAACACCCGCAGGGCACAGAGGUCAAAGCCAUAACUUACUCGGCAAUGCAGAUCUGUGAAGAUGAAAAGCCGGAAGUCUUUGUCAUCAUUGAUAUUUAAAACAAGAAAAGUGUGGAAAGUGUGGUCGAGUGGAUACUUGUCACUGGCUGGCAAAAAUCCCUUGAAAACUGUAAUCCAUGUGAAAGUAACUAAGGAAUUGGCCAAUUCAAGUCAUAAAUUGAAGGGAAUAUUGUGAGGAAUGUCAGCCUCUGUUUUGACUUGAGGAUGGUGAGAUAGAGAAAUACCUGCAUGCCGGGAGAAAAAGAACUAGCUGUUGAGAGGAAGAGUUGUGGGGAUUGAAAGUCCCUCAGGAAUGCUAGUAGUCAGCUGUUAAGGCUGAUAUAUGUGUUACGUGCUAUAUGAACUAAGUAGGUAAAUUAAUGGAGCUGCUAUCUAAAAUACUAUCUUUUUGCUGGGUGGCAGGAGAUAUAGUAAUCUACAUUAUUUCAUUUGCAGAUUCUAAUUCUGAGGUGAUACCACUCUUCCAUAUUAUAUAAAGGGUCCAAAAUGUCUAUAGUGGGUUGGAUUUAAUGCAGAAAAAGUUCUGACCAUGCAAAGGUCACCAAAGAAAUUACACCAGUUAAAAAAACCACCACCACACCUUCCAGACUACUUUAAAAAAAAAAGUCAUGCCAGCAGGUGGUGCUGAAUUGCUGUAAAUAAAUUUCAAUAUGAACUCUGAAAGCAUGGGACCAUGUGCAUGGGAUCCUAGUAGCACCUAUUAUCACUCUCAAAAUUAGGCUGCUUUGCUGCCAUGGUAGAAGGGGAUUCACUGGACUCUGUGGGUUCACUACUAACUGUCUUUUGAAAGCUAAUUCUCUUUUAGAAAAAGCAGACGAUUCAGAUCAGCUUCUCUAGCUUCCUUUAGAAAGGACAAUACAGACAAUCCUUUUAUGUCAAAGGAUCAUGGAUUUCACCGAAUCAAAAUUAAUCAAAAAUAAUCAAAAGUGUAUUUUGUUUUAAAUCACUGGACAGUAAAUGUGUAUUACCUGCCAUGGCUACUUAAAUGUGAGAGGGGCACAGUAAGGGACAGUCAGUGCUGGACUGACCUGCUUUUUUUAUUGUAAAUGCUACGGGUGCCUCACCUCUGCAGGUACUGUCUCAUCUUUAUUUUAUUGUAAAGUCAUUUUAAAUAGAUCUGGUUUUAUUUCCAUAUUGUGAAGAUCGAGGGAUAAAAUCCCUCUUAUUUUUCGAAAAAGCUUCGAUGCUGAAAUAAAACUUGACUGAAAGCA